AUGGUCAAACGCGCCAAAUCGCCCGACGCAACGGACGAUGCUCGAUACAUGACGGUGUACCAGCCGUACCCGAUGAACGCCAAUUGGGAACUUCCAAGCGACGUUAUCGCCUUUUCGUUCUGGAUCGCGGGGUGUAUUGGCGUGGAGCCGUUAUUGGGGUUACACUACAAGCCCAAGGCACGUGGGAUGGUGCUACUGGAGAUCGACAAAGCCUAUCCGGAGCACGAACGCCUUCUCGGCGAACACCGCUGGAUCGAGUUCUUGAAGAACCCAAGGGCGGAUGAAAAGGAACGGAUUUCGCAGAUCUUCUAUUGUUUGUACGAUACAGGGCGAGCGGCACAGAAAGACGGAUGGAAGCGCAUACACGUAGAAAGCCACUGGUUCAAAGAUUGGAGUCCGAAUAACGGCGUAAUCCACAAACCGUACCCAACCACGCACUGGUGCCCCGUCCCACCCGAAGAUAAAACCAACAAACCCCUCUGUCGACAUCUCCCCGUCAAAGUCAAACCUCCCCCACCUAAAGCACCCGCGCCCGUCGUCGGGUCGUCUACGUGGGUUGACACGAAGAAUGGGCCGUCGGCGAAUACCCCCAAAGCACUUACGGGUGCGUGGGCGAAGAAGCAGGCCAGUGGGAAUGUGGGUGUAAAAACGACGCCUGCGACGGGAUGGGAUAAACCAAUUAUGGGGAAGUCAGCUCCCCCCAGCGUGAUUUCUCCCGCUAAAAGCAACGGCGGUGGCAAUGCGUGGGGACCUCCGCUUCCAGGUGGUAAACCCAACACUUCCCCCGUUGCCACUCGACCGCCCAACUCGCCUUGGGGUCCCGUUGCGCCUAGGACGGGUAACGUUUGGGUCAAGCAAGAUACCAACAAGCCCACCUCAACCAACACUCCAGGACCCACUCCCACCAGCGCCACUCCUACCAACGACUCCGGGUGGGACAACCAACCAACCACCACGCCAUCCAACCCAAUCGAGCGCCUAAAAGAAGGCGACGUCCUCAUCUCCCUCUCCCCAUCCCAAGAAAAGAACCUAUACGGCCUCGGAGGCUCCGACGACGAGGACGAUCUUACGACGAUGAACCCGGACGAGAUGGAGUUGGCUUAUGUAGCGCCGUGGGAGAAGACCUCUCUACCCCUCCACACCGCCGAUUUGUGGGGUUCCAGUGAAGGACAAGGGGGACAAGAAGGGAAGGAAGUGAACCUAUGGAGCGACGAGCCGCCUCCGGACCCGAAUGCGGGUCAGUUGAUGUGUCCGAGCCAUGGGAAGUUGUGUAAGAAGGGGAUAUGUAGUGAGAUGUCGAAACUUGUGAGGGAGGAGGAGAGGAGGAAGAGGGAGGGUGAGAGGGGUGGGGGUGGCAGGCGAGGUUUAGCUUUUCAUGGCUUUCUUUCCUCUUCGUGGUUUCUGUCCCCGUUUCUGCUUUCGUGA